ACAACAACAACCACAGACAUCGUUUAAUUUUUAAUAAAUGUCCUUACGUUCUAUGCCCUGUAUCAAAACUGUCGUUUGUUAGGCUACUUGGGGAAUAUGCUGAAAUUGUUAUAAAUUAUCUAUCUAUACUGUCUAUCUACCCUUGCGGAUAUUAUUGACAGGUUAUUGAAGAUUUGGUGUCAUUAUUCCUUAACAAUAUGAGUGAACUGGAUCCAACAAAUCUCGACAAGUUAAAAGUUGCUGAGUUGCAAGAUGAAUUGCGUUCCAGAGGUCUAGAUACGAAGGGCAAAAAGGCAGUUCUCAUUUCAAGAUUGGAGAAAGAAAUAAAAGGUGGAGAUCACAAUGCUUCAAGUCAAUCAAUUGACACCUCCAUGGAUGGUGAUGCAGAUACCUCUCAGAGUCUGGAUGAAAGCUCACGGGAAGCUGGUGAAUCACAACAGUCUUCUCAGGAGGAGGAACCACAAGAACCAGCCCCAGUAGAAACUGUGAAACCUGUUCCACAGGAGGUUCCAAAGGAUGACAAACCUGUAGUUGAAGAGGUGGCACCAAGUUUGUCAGAAACCGAAGAGCCUGAUGCAGAACCUGAGGCAGACCAGGUCCCUGCUGAUGAAAGUGAGUCAGCCAAUGAUCAGCCCGAAGAUGAUGGGGCUCCUUUUGAAGAGCCUGUUCAAGAAGUUAAGGAAGAGGACAGUCCAGAAGAAGUGAAAGAAGAGCCUAAGGAGGCAGAGGACUCUAAGCCUGAGGCAAUGCCAGUCACAGAACAGGAGGAUCAGGAGGAAUCUAAACCUGAAGUUGACCAGAUGGACACAGACCAGGCUGUUGAACAUGUGGCAGGCGAGGAUUGGGAAGCUAAUCAGGAGGAAAAAAUGGAGCCUGAUCAGACUGAAACAAAGCAUGAGCCAGAAGAAAAAGUGAAUGGUGUCAAAAUGGAAGAGGAGGAGGAGGAGAAACCCAAACAUGAUAAUGGAAGGUUAGCUUCAUCUCCAAAUGAAGAAGGGCAGAUUUUGUUGACAACCAAGCCUACAGAAUGCACAACUGUUGAGAUUGAUAUUGAUCUCAAUAAUGAGACUAGUGAUGUGGCUGAAGGUAAUGCAGAUGCAGAUCUACAAACAGCAUCUGGCAGUUGUAGCAUAUCAGCACUUGACAAAGCAAGCACAGGAGAUUCAAUAAAAAGUAACACAGCAGAUGCAUUACAAACUAAAACAGACACAGAUAAGGCAUCAACAUGUGAACAAGACAAGCAGGCAGAAGACAUACCAACUGAUGAUAGUAAGCAAAUGGCAGAUCAAAAGAAAAGUAUGCCAAAGAAAACAGUGCCAGAUAUUCAAAAAAUAGAAAACUCUGACGAAGACUCAUAUUCAUCAAAAAGUGUAGAAAGUACAGAUGAAAAUUAUAUGGAAAUAUCUGAUGAAAAUUUGCCAGACAAACAAACGCCAUAUUUGAGAACAGAUGGGGAGGCAGUAGUUGUAGAUGAUGACUCUGCUAUGAUUGAAAUGGCAGACAGUCCAGCAAAACAAGCUGAAACCAUUCCUGAAUUCCAUUCAGUAAAAGGUGGUGCGCUGAAGGUUGCAGAAUCAACUAAACCACUGGCCAGUAAGCCGAAGGUUUACCUUUACCAUAACAGAGGAUUUGUAACACCUGUUCCUAAAUCACUGAGCAAGUUGAAACAGUUGACUGUGAACAUUGGUCCGAUACGUCUAAUAGACCUGCACUGCGAGAAGCUCCACAACAUCCUAAGGAUCAACCCCACAUUUGAGAUCAAAUUUGAUCCAAAGGAAAAGACCCUAGACAAUGGCAUAAAAAUUAUGGACAGUUGUGGGUUUGUGCGUCUGAACUUUGAGGUCUUGUUCCCAUCCAUCCUGGUGGAGAUAUCUGACAAGUUGAGUGACCUGAACAUCAAUGGACGGGACAUGUCUGUCAAGUUCCCAGAGGCAUUCAACAAGGCUGUUAAGGAGUGCAAGGCCUGGAUACUGCAAUGGGACCAGUUUAUAAGCUCCGUAAAAUUAAAAGGGAAUCAGCGUUGGGUUAUGACUCAACAAUGGCCAAAAGAAGAAACAUCAGGAGAAAAGCUUAAAAGUCUCUUUCCCCAAGUUGACAAAAUAAUGAUGAUGAUUGGGAAAGAUUAUGAUGACAAAGAUAUUUGCCUGGCCGUGUUCUUGAAGUUUGCAACUGCAGCUACACUGGAGAGGUUCAUGAACACUGGAAGCUCCAACAUCUACCUGGAUGGCCGAUUGAUCACCUUCAUCAAGAUAGUCAAGAGUGGUGUGAAGCCAGACCAAGCGCCAAGCCAAGUUAGUAAGAACAAGAAGAAGACCACAAAGAGUGGUGUGAAGCCAGACCAAGUGCCAAGUCAAGUUGGGAAGAACAAAGAGAGGAAGAAAAACUACUGGGCCUCUGCAUUUGGAACAAGGCAGCAGAGGGGCCGAGGUCAGGGCUCAAAAGGCAGGGGUGGGCAUGAUAUGAGGGGCAGGGCAGGGUCUAUGGGUGCUGUCAGGGGCAGUGCUGGAAGGAUUGCCAUCUCACCCAGGUCCACCCUUCACAGGGCACACUACUCACCAGGGGGAGGUCAGUUCAAGGACCUGGUCUCCCCACACAAUCAAUUUGACGCGGACCGAGGGACCAGAAAGCGUGAAAAGUUUGAACCCCAGAGGGACAACUGGUCUCACGAACCCCAUGAUGAAAGGCGACACCAGGGAGACAGGUGGCGAAGUCCCUCGCGCUUUGAACACAAUAAACAGAGACGGUCAGCCAGCGAGUCAGAUGAGACAAGGGCCAUGCUGGAGUCGAUGAAGUCCAAACUGGAGAACAUGGAACGCAAACUUGCUGAACAGGGUGGCUCGAUGCUACCACCUGUGUAUGUCAAGAAGGAUGUCUUCCCUCAGGGUUCAAGGGGUGAGCCUGCAGGCAAGAAACAGGGGCACGGCCGGGGAGCAUGUCAGCCUGGUCAGACCCACAAACAACAAGGGUACCAACCCAACCAGCAGGGAUACAAGUCCCCCAGGCAACAAAGUCCAGGACAAAGUUUCAAACCCAGGACAGAUUUGGAUCAGGGUCAGCAAGGAAGAGGCUCAAGUGCUGCUGGGAGAGAUAUGGGUUUAUAUCGUGGACAUGGAAAAACAAGCAACAAGUCAGGUGGAAGGAGAAAAGCUGAUGAUUUUACUCUGGACUACCAGACGUCACCAAAGCGUCAGUAUUCUGAGGAGAAUUUCAAAGACACCAGUUUCCAAUAUGGUGCUGUUGACCUGUGGCAGCAGGAGCGCUACCCCAACAUGCAGUACCACCAGACACAGAACAGGGCAACCAAUGUAGACAGGAGUCAGGGAGACAGGGGCCAGGGCAGGGAGCACAUGUUCACGGGGAGGGAGCACACAUUCCCCCAACCUUUCCAGGAGCAGGGAUUUGUAGCCCCAAACACCAGCUACUAUCAACAGUUCUGAGACCAGGGUCCGUGAUCAUCUUCACUUAAUAACUGGGAAAGCAAUAUUAUUCCUUGAACAAUAAUAUUUGUGGAUUUUCAUAGAGUCCUUGCAAAUUAUGAAAUCAAAUGUCCAAAGAAAGUUCACAUCUAAAGUCUUAUAUCAGACUUAUAUACAAAAAUCAACAAAUUCAACAUCAAACAAAAAUGACAUAUUUUUUGUAGCCAAGCAAUUUUGUGCCAACUAAGAUAUAAGCCUCGUGCUAUCAAAAAUUCAGAUAAGGUGUAAAUUGUUGUCCUUAAUAAGCCUGUGCAUAAUUUGGGCUGACAUAUGUAUAAGCAUUAAGCCCUGUUUGUUCCAGAAGGAAACUUGUCUAUGAAUCUACCUAUAUUAAGCAUAGCAUGAAGAACAUUUCUUCAACUGUUUCGUUUCAAACAUGCUGAUUUUUUUUUUCUUCCUUUCUAUUUACAAUUUCGAUUAAAAUAUGUUUUUAUUGGGAAUGAAAGCAUAAUUAACAUUUGUAGCCAGGAAAUUUGAAAAAAACUAUAUACUUUCUUUAGCCUUAACUACUCCCAAGUCUUAGAACAUUGUCGGUGAAUAUGUGCCCAAUUCUCGCAGACAACUGUGGGUACCUUGGAAAAGGAAAGGGAUGAGUGCUGGACUAAAACUGUUGAAUAGCAGUUAAGUAAUAAACAUUUUAAUUACAUGUUAUCUAGCUGGUUGUUAUGGAUUUUGUACACCACUAUCUUCUAAAUCUAUGUCUCAUUAAAAAUUGUACAAAUGGACAUUUGUAAGUUUUAAAUAGUUUCAAUCUCAUAGUUUCUACCUGUAUAUUGAUUUUCACAAUCAUUUCACGACGGCAUCAACUUUGUAUGUCAAUGAUUGUAUGCUGCUAUUUUGCUUUAUUUGUGGUUUUGAUCCAUUUUGAAUGAUUUGAAUAAAACAAACAGAGAGCC